AUGAGAUUCAUUCUCACUUUAACUUGUAUACUAUCGUCGGUCCUUUCAGCGAUUGUAGGAAUCGAUUAUGGACAGCAAUUCACAAAAGCCGUGCUAUUGGCACCUGGUAUUCCAUUCGAAUUGGUCUUAACAGAUGAAGGGAAAAGAAAAGAUUUGUCGGGGAUUUGUAUCAGAAAAGAGUCCAAUGGAGGAUUAGAAAGAGCAUAUGGAUCUCAAAUGGGUUCAUUGGUGACUAGAUUCCCUCAGAAUACAGUUUUGGAUUUGAAACAAUUAAUCGGUAAAUCAUUUGCCGACCCCGCCACUGAAAAGUAUUUAAGGACCCAUUUUGGCAUCAAUUUGGUGAGGGACGAGUCCAGAAAUAAUGCCAUUAAGUUUGAUCUUGGAUUAGAUAAUUCAACUUACCAAUUUUCUGUGGAAGAAUUAUUAGCAAUGUCAUUGAAUGAAAUCAAAGCCAGGGCGUUGAAUGAUCUCGAAGAAAACCCCAAUGCAGCAGCAUUGGUUGAAGAUGUCGCGAUAAGUAUACCACCAUUUUCUUCUCAGGCAACUCGUCAGGCCUAUUUGGAUUCCUUGUAUUUGGCCAAUUUUUCAAAUGUUUUAGGCUUGGUUGACGAAGGAACAUCUGUUGCACUUAAUUUUGCUGGGAACAAAAAAUAUGAAGCAUCAGAGUAUAACGAUGUUACUGAAUACCACUUGGUGUUUGAUGCAGGUGCAGGUUAUACUACUGCUACAUUAUUCUCCAUUACACCUCAAACCAAUGGAAAGCUUGUCUUAAGGAUGGAAAGCGUGGGAGAAGAUUUACUUUUUGGUGGAAAGACAUUAACUGAAUCUGUAUAUUCGAUUGUGUUGGAGAAAUUACUCAAUCAUUUUGGCUUGGAAUCUUCAGAUUUAGGUGAAAAAAUUCACGCGAGGUUGUAUGAAGUUGCAGAAAAAGCGAAGAUUAUUUUGUCUGCAAACACUGAAUACCACACGACCUUAGAAUCUAUAUAUGGUGAAAAAGAUUUCAAAGUUCUGGUUACUAGAGAUGAGUUUGAGGAGAUCAAUUCCGACUUGAUGGAGAGAGUGACCAAACCUAUCGAAAGUGCCUUGAAGAAAUCCGACUUAAAUGUAAAAGAUUUGAAAUCAGUGAUUUUGAACGGAGGUUCGACGAGAGUACCUUUUGUACAGAAGCAUGUGUCAUUAUUCGUGGGUGAAGACAAAAUUUCCAAGUCAGUAAAUACAGAUGAGAGUUCUGCCUUGGGAACCACACAGAUGGGAUUGAAGUUGAAAACAAAGACGCAAAGCCCUAAAGAUAUUAAGCUUAUCGAUAGAAGUUAUCACAAUUUUGAAGUUAGUACAAACGGAAAUGAAGAGCAAUUGGUUGUAUUUGCCGAAGGAUCUGAAGUUGGAAACAUCACAAAGGUUAAUCUUGGAGAAGUUGGUGAUUCAUUAGCAAUUUCCUUGUUUGAAGAUGGCUCGUUGAUCAAGUCUUACAAUUUUGGUGAUAUAUCUAUUGCUACUCAAAAAUUGGGAUGUAAAUCUGGUGAUAACAAAGAAGUCAUAGCUUCUUUCGAGCUCAACAAGAGCAAAAUGUUUGAUCUUGUGAAGACCAACAUACAAUGUCAGCCAAAGAAAUCUGGUUCAUUUUUGAAAAACUUACUUAAGAAUGACGGUGAGCAAGAUGUGCUUGAGGUUGAAAUUGAUGACGAGGAGGAAAAGGAAGGAGUAUUCAACUCAACUUCUGGUGACACUAAUUCUACCAGUAGCGAAUCUAAAGCCAAAACUCCAAAAUCUUUAAAGUCAACUAAUGUGUCAAUCCCACCAGCAAUAUACCCUCAUAUCAGGCCAAUUGAUAAAACCGAAAAGAAGAAAUUGUUUCGGAAACUUGCCUACUUGAACCGCUUGGAUGAUGCAAAGGUCGAAUUAACUGCAAUGAAAAACCAAUUGGAGGGUCACUUGUAUAAGUUAAGAGAUUUGAUUGAGUCCAAUGAAGACACCUUGUUGAAGGAGUUGAGCUCGAAAGAAAUUUCCAAAUUUACCGAAUACGUGGGUGAGCACAUUGAGUGGUUAGAUUUUGAGAGUGAUGAAGCCCUGGUUGAUGAUUUGAAGAAGAAAAUCAAGGAUGUGGGUAAGCGUGAACUGGAGGUAAAGAGCUACCUCGAGAUGUCAAGCAUCGAUUUAUCCAAGGAUGGCAUGAAAAAAUUGUAUGAAGACGGUUCAAAAUUGAUUAUGUCCAUCCAGUCUAGCAUGUUGAAAUUUGGUGAACAAAUUGCUGAAGUGCGUAAAAAAUAUGAUGAUGCUGGCUUAAACUUUGAUAGAGAAAAUGAUAGGAUCAAGUUGAAACUCAUGGGCAAAGAAGACAAAAUGUUGUCUUUUGACAAGAAUUUGCAAGAGUAUAGAGACGUUAUCAGCAAAAUUGGGGAAUUACUUAAUUUUUCUGAUUCGAAGUUCAACAAAAUCAGCAAAAAGGAGUUGUACACCUUCCAUGAAUCUUUAGCAAAGGGAGUUGCACAAAUGGUGAUUGACCUCAUGGAAUUGGAGAAGACCCAUAUCGAUCGAAUUAAAUUAUUUGACGAGCAAUUCGAUAAACUAAUUGAAAGACAACAACAAAAGGAGUAUAGAAGAAAAUUGAGGGAAGCAGCCAAGGAGGCAGAGAAGAAGGCUGCCAAUGAAAAUAAAGAAAAUGAUACAGUAGAAUUCGAGAGGAGUUCUUCUAUUGAAAGUGAAUCAGAUUCAUCGGAAGCCAUCAACGACGAUGCAUCGGAAACCUUAGACAACAAGCCACCAGGUGAAGCUGGCGAAGAUGGUGCCGAUAUCAAACAUGACGAAUUGUAG